UUGAUUCCGCUGAUGAUAUUCGAAGUUGGGCGUCGCCGAAUGUAAUGUACGAGUGAGAGUUCAUCGUGGUUAUUUUUAUUUUAUUUACUAUAAAAAUUAUAUAAUAAAAAAAAAAAAAAAAGUAUUGACAAUUUAUCAACUACGAACAAAUAAUUAUAAUACUCCAAAUUGUUGUCAAAAAUUAAGCUGUAAUAAAACUCGUGGUAAACAUUACUCAUACACUUGUUCAAUUUGUUUCAAAAAGUUUAUAAUAAACAAUAAAUAUGGGACGAAGUACACAGUUGAUUAUUUUAUCACUAAUGGUACUUUUUAUUCACGAAGGUUUGGCAAUAAAAUGUUGGGAGUGCAGAUCAGAUUCUGAUCCCAAGUGUGCUGAUCCUUUUGAUAACUCAACAGUCCCAAUAGCAGAUUGUUCUGAAAAACGUGAAUUGAGUCAUUUGAAAGGUGUUAAAUCAACAAUGUGUCGUAAAAUCCGACAAAAAGUCAAUGGAGUUUGGAAAUACAUAAGAAGUUGUGCAUACUUGGGAGAACCCGGUAUAGGUGGUGAUGAAAGAUUUUGUUUGAUGAGAACAGGAUCUUACAACAUAUUUAUGGAAUAUUGUACGUGCAAUAGUAAAGAUGGAUGUAAUGCGGGUACAUCUAUCCACAGCUCUUGGAUCGUUUCAUUAAUUGCUGGUUUAUUGACGCUAGGAUACUAUUUAACAGCUAAGUGAUCAAAAUUAAUUGUUAAUAAUCAUCAGUACAGUAAUAAGUUCUACUGAUCAAGCCCAAGUUUGCUCCAAAUGAAUUUAAUCUAAAAAGAACAAAAAAAGCUAAGUAGUUAAUAACGUGUGCCUUAAUUGUGAUUUAUCACGUCCAGAGUUUUUUAUACUGUAUUUUAUAUAUAAUAUUUUGCGUUAUCAUGAUCAAAAAAAAUACUUACGCAUAUAAUUACUGUCUUCGAUCUGAAGUUAUGAGUAGAUAUACUUUUUAUAUCUCAUACUCAUAGAGUACAAAUAUGAGAAUCUUCAAACGAGAUAUAUUUAUCAUCUCAUUAUUAAUAAAUAUUGUUAUAUUGUAAAUUCCGUCCAAUUGCAAAGUAAGUUAAACUAAUUUAGUUGAUAAGGGCCAAUAAUUUUUUAAAUUUUUUAUAUUGUCCGUCUUAUUGAAAAUAUAAGCUAACU